UCGCGUCGACGGCCCGUUUUCCCUCUUCUGCGCCUGCGCGACCGUGAUUCCUCGCUCUCGUCUCGCCAUCCCCCAGGUCGCGUUGUGAGGGCCGCGAGCUUCCAAAGGGCGGGAAAGGCGGUUGGAGAGGGAGGGGCGAGCGUUACUCACUCCAUGGCUGCAGAAAGGAGAGGCGACGGCGGCCUCGGCUGAAGAAAGAAGGCGGGAGCGGAGAGCGCAAGCGCGGUUGGUUACACCUGGGAGGGUGAAUGGCCUCGAGUGUGCCUGUCCUCCGGGAGAAGGAGCAGGACGGAGGAAAUUAGGACCAGAAUCCCAGGUGGCCUAAGGAGGUUGCAGACGUCAACGGAUUUGCUUUGGAAGCCGGAGUAGCUGCUGCCGCCAGAGUCUGGAGCCAUGAGUGGGUUUAAUUUUGGAGGCACUGGGGCCUCUACAGGCGGGUUCACAUUUGGCGCUGCAAAGACAGCAACAACCACACCUGCCACCGGCUUCUCUUUCUCCACGUCUGGCGGGUUUAAUUUCGGGACUCCCUCCCAGCCAGCUGCGAGUACCCCUUCUACCAGCCUCUUCUCACUCACUACCCAAGCUCCGGUGACACAGACCGCAGGAUUCAGUUUUGGAACCACCACCCCUGCUGUAGGAGGAACUGGAUUCUCCUUAGGGAUCAACACUCCGAAGCUCAACUUGAGCAGCGCAGCUGCCACCCCGGCCACGGCGCACCCCAGCGGCUUUGGGCUCAGCAGCAGCACCCUGACCAACGCCAUCUCGAGUGCCGUCACCUCCAGCCAGGGCGCGGCGCCCACCGGCUUUGUGUUCAGCUCCACCACCACCUCUGCCGCUCCGUCCUCCACCCCCGGGGGCUUCUCGUUCACGAGUGGAAGCACGUCCCAGACCGGGACCUCCGGGUUUAGUCUUGGCUCCAUGGGGAGUUUGGCCCAUCCCACAGCACUUGCCGGGCUGCCCUUCACUCCGGCCACUCAGGCAGCCACUGGAGCGGGGACCACACAGCCAGCCGCUCCCGCACCCACCGUGACCACCACCAGUGCUGGGCCCACGCUCUUUGCCUCACUGGCAACUGCUCCAACUUCGUCCGCCACCACCGGACUCUCCCUUGGUGCCCCAGCAACCACGGCGGGAACUCCCGGGGCUGGAAUGCUGGGCUUCAGCUUAAAGGCCCCUGGAGCAGCUUCUGCCACCUCCACAGCCACGGCCACCACCGCCACCACCACCACCAGCAGCUUCGCCUUGAAUCUAAAACCACUGGCGCCAGCCGGGCUCCCCAGCAACACGCCAGCCGCCGUGACCGCCCCGCCUGGCCCCAGUGCCACCGCUGCGGUGUCUGCCAGUCCUGUGAUGACCUACGCCCAGCUGGAGAGUCUGAUCAACAAGUGGAGCCUGGAGCUGGAGGACCAGGAGCGGCACUUCCUGCAGCAAGCCACGCAGGUCAACGCCUGGGACCGCACGCUGAUCGAGAACGGGGAGAAGAUCACCGCCCUCCACCGCGAGGUGGAGAAGGUGAAGCUGGACCAGAAGAGGCUGGACCAGGAGCUCGACUUCAUCCUGUCUCAGCAGAAGGAGCUGGAAGACCUGCUGAGCCCGCUGGAGGAGUCGGUCAAGGAGCAGAGCGGGACCGUCUACCUGCAGCACGCCGACGAGGAGCGCGAGAAAACCUACAAGCUGGCGGAGAACAUCGACGCGCAGCUGAAGCGCAUGGCCCAGGACCUCAAGGACAUCAUCGAGCACCUGAACACGUCCGGGGGCCCCGCCGACACCAGCGACCCGCUGCAGCAGAUCUGCAAGAUCCUCAACGCGCACAUGGACUCGCUGCAGUGGAUCGACCAGAACUCGGCCCUGCUGCAGAGGAAGGUGGAGGAGGUGACCCGGGUGUGCGAGGGGCGGCGCAAGGAGCAGGAGCGCAGCUUCCGGAUCACCUUCGACUGAGCCGGCGGCCGUCUGCGGGCCCGGGGGUCCCAGGGUGUCCCCUGGGGGAGGUGCAGUUAUUGUCUGGUUUUUGGUUGCAAUUAAAUACUUGUUUGUUUCUUUCGUUCAAACAAUUGUGCUGUUGAGAGAACCGUUCUGUGGUUUGACUUUUUGUAUUAGCAAAUAGAAAGUAUUCGAAGUGCUCGGGUCCAGGCAGCUGCCUAGUAGGUGUGGUUUCUAUGUGUAUCUUUUGUGUCUCCUGGACUCUUUUUCACCUGCUACAACCACCCACCUCAUCUUUCUUGCUCCAGCCUCGUGCUGGAAAAGUGCCGAUUCACCUGAGAAGGAACCAUCUGUCUCCCAGCCAGGGUUAGCUAGGCACCACUCUGUCCAGCACAUAGUCAUAGGUGCAAUGAGGAAAGACUGAGGUUAAAAGACUCUGUGUACAUGUGGAAGUUAACCACCAGUACAAAGAAGUGACGUGAAUAGAACAGAUAGUGGGAUGUAGAAUUUCAAAGGAGGAAAGACAGGUCAGGUGAGGGACUUGAAGAAGCUGUUGAGAAAAGUGUCAGACUCUAGCCAGGAGGCCUUUGCUUUGCCUGGCUGACACACCUCCUUGGCCUCCGGGUCUCCUUAUCUUAGGUCUCACCUCUUCCGGGAAGCUCUCUCGACUGGACGAGGUGGCCGUCCUGGGGCCCCACACUACACUGAGCUCGCGCCUUUGGUAAUGCUCGCCGUGCUGUAUUGUGCCAACUGUUUGCCUGUCUGCCUCACCGUUAGAUUGUGAGCCCCUGUGGGUAGGGACUGUUUCUCGUUUCCUUUUGUGUCCUCAGCACAAUCCUUGUCACAUGUAUUGUAUGAAUGAACAAUGGAGAUGAAACUCAGCAUAAAACGUUAAUCCACAAAAUGCCUGCUGAAUUGGCCACAGGUGGCAGAAGCGGCCACAGGCUUGGUUCUGAACUUGCCAAUGCCAAACCACACCUAGUCAGUUACAGUGAGAUCCACUGUGUCCAGGAGGCAGGAGCCAACCAGUUACAUCCCAAGAGUCUUUUGUAUUUGUCUCUACACUUUGCUACACUGUCUGAAAUACCUAUGAUUGUAUGUUGCUUUCCUAAAUAAAAUUUAUUGCAGAACCAAAAA